AUGACCAAGAAGAGAAGCUGGAAGAACAAUGAGACUGUGGUACUCACCGAAGAAUGCAGCGCCAUCAUCCAGCACAAAUUGUCCCAGAAAUUGAAGGAUCCUGGGAGCUUCCAAAUCCCUUGUAUCAUAGGGAAAAUCACAGUAGAGAAGGCUUUAUGUGACCUAGGAGCUAGCAUAAAUCUGAUGUCCUUAGCAAUGAUGAGGAAAAUGAAGAUUGAGGAGGCUAAACCAACAAGAAUGGCUCUGCAACUAGCAGAUCGAUCAUUCAAGUUUCCUCACGGAAUAGUAGAAGACUUGUUGGUAAAGGUGGAAGACUUCAUCUUUCCAGCAGACUUUGUAGUAUUGGACAUAGAGGAAGGAGCCAAGACCUCUAUCAUCUUGGGAAGGCCAUUCUUGGCCACUGCCGGAGCCAUUAUUGAUGUCCAAAAGGGUGAACUUGUCUUUAGACUACUUGAGGAGAAAAUGAUAUUCAGUGUGUUCAAGGCCAUGAGUUACCCACAGGAUUCAUUGGGAGAAUGUUUGAGGUUGGACUCAGUGGAUGCUGUGGUGCAAGAAACUCUUGAAGAAGAACUUGAGGAGUUAACAGAAGAAGACGAAUUAGUAUCAAGCGAAGAGGCCGCAGCCGCUGAAAUGCAUGUUCAAGGCACACUAGAAGGAAAGGAUGAAAGAAAAGAAGUACCCAAACUUGAGCUAAAGGCACUGCCGCCCACUCUCAAGGAGUUGGUGCGUCUCCGAGAUGACUUGGAAACUGCUCGGGUUGAUUAUGCCGAGCUUCAGGGUCAUCUUGUGGGUAGCGUGACUGCCGCCUACGAGAACCUGAUAGAGCAGUUCCGGAUUGUUGCCCCUGGUGCCGAUUUGACUCUCGUUAGUCUUGAUAACGUAGUAAAGGAUGGCAAGAUUGUCCCGGAUGAUCCCGAUGAUGAUAUUGAACCUCCUCUUUGA